UAUGAUUUAGAAUGUUUUCCAGCAUCGUAUGGCGGGAUUAGCUGCUAUUGAAAUUGCCCAGAAGGUCUCAAAGGCUUGGCGUUCUCUGCAAGCAGAAUGGAAACAUUCAAGUAAGAGGGCAGCAAAAAUUGGCAAAACAGUUAGGAAAAAGGAAAAGACCUAUGUGCUAAGCCAGAACAGAGGGGGUGUUGGUUGUAGUACCAGUAGUUCUUCAGAAACUUCAACUUCAUCUGGUAUUAAUGAGGACAGAGGUUUGAGCCGUUCUAUGAUGUCAUGGCAAGAUAUUUAUUCAUUGGCUGUUAAAUGGAGGCAGAUAUCAGAACCUUGUGAUCCAGUUGUGUGGGUUAACAAGCUAAGUGAAGAGUUCAAUACGGGAUUUGGGUCUCACACUCCAAUGGUUCUUGGGCAAGCAAAAGUCGUCCGUUACUUUCCAAAUUAUCAAAGAACAAUGACCGUUGCAAAAACAGUCAUCAAGGAAACCAUGUAUGUAAACAACAAGACUGAUGAUGUUGUCAAUCUAGCAAAAGAUGGGAGGUUAGAAAAGAUAAUGCAGGCUGAAUCCUGUUCUGAUCUUUACGACGUCAUUGGUGAGGACUUCUGGUUAGCUACUCGGUGUGAGAGCACAGCAUUUGAGGGGAAACUCCUUGAAGGGACAAGGAUCACCCUACAAAAGAUGAAUGAACAAGGAUUUGAUUUUGCAAUUAGAACACCUUGUACUCCUUCUAGAUGGGAUGAUUAUGAUGCAGAGAUGGCUAUGGCAUGGGAAGCCGUAUGCAGUGCUUAUUGUGGUGAAACAUAUGGCUCGACUGAUUUUAAUAUGCUUGAGAAUUUGCGGGAUGCAAUCCUGAGGAUGACCUAUUACUGGUACAACUUCAUGCCUCUGUCGAGAGGAUCUGCAGUUGUUGGAUUUGUGGUUCUGCUUGGAUUGUUCCUUGCUGCUAACAUGGAGGUCACAGAGAGCAUCCCACAAGGUUUGCAGGUGGAUUGGGAAGCUAUUCUGACCUCUGACCCCAAUUCGUUUGUGGAUUCCAUAAAGCAUUGGUUGUACCCAUCUCUUAAAAUCAAGACUUCCUGGAAAGAGUAUCCAGAUGUGCAGUCAGCAUUUACAACAACAGGAUCUGUCAUUGCUGCUCUGAGCUCUUAUGAUUACUGAGUUGUUACAUUCAUGAACAUAACAUUGGGGGAAAACAUAUCAAUGGAAGUCCUGGACCUUUGGAACGAGGGAUUGAAAGCAGGAUGUGUUCUUCAGCCUUACAUAAACAGGAUGUUAUUUGUUGUAUAACAUAUUUAUUUCUUUCUUUUUUGUAAUCUUAUUGUCUCUGGUUUUCUUCGAAGUAUUCUUUAGUAUGAAAUCGGUUUGUCCCCCAAGAAUACAGGAAUGCCGAAAUGUCCCCCAGAAUAGAGGAAUCCCUGGAUACACUUUAAAGGUUUGUCCCCCAAGAAUACAGGAAUCCCGAAAUGUCCCCCAGAAUGGAGGAAUCCCUGGAUACACUAGGUUUUUAAACCAAAAUCAUACCCAAACCCACCUAAUUUCAUGCUAGGCCAGUAGACUAGCCCUGGCUUACAAUUAUAUUGGUUUGUUUAUGAGAAAAAUAAUAAUGUAGAAUCUGAUUACUGAUUUUUGAUUAAUGAAUCAUCAAGGAAAUUACUGACCUA